GUCAGGUAUAAGUCAAGGUACUAGUCCCGGUACUUAACGCAUGGUCCCCCUCUAAUUGGUCUCAUUUUUAGUUCUCAGCUGCUUACCAAACGCUAAUAUGUGGAUUGGUUGGCACCCAGGCAGUUAGCCGUUUCCUAUCUAUCUUCGACCCUGACAUCUUACUUUCCUCGUUGAACGUUUCCAAUUUAGUAGAAUACUCUUUCUUAACUCCUCAACCUUCGACCAACGAUAUUUGUCUCCGUAAGGAAUCCCUAAUCGCCUCAGUGUUGUCCACGUCGUCUAUGCUAGCAAAAAUGGAUAGGUAGUGUUAGUUGAAAGCAAUCUAUUCCACUGCUGCUGAAGUCCAGCUCGCUCCGGGAAAUCACGUCUGCCUAUUCUGUAAUACACUACCAAAACUCGGGUUCAUACCGACGAUUUGCACGAUCUGAGAAACUCCGAUACGGCUGACUACCACAAAGCGUCUAAAUCAUACUCAAAUACUCAGUCAAAAUGCCUCCCGAUCCAUCCUCCGAGGCCCGAAUGCCCAUGCUAUCGACUUCACUCUCGCCAUCACCCUCUCCUCUCCCCUCGCCUUCGCGAUCCCCGUCUCCGAAACCCCCUUCUCCUCGAACGGAUGGCCCGGUUCCUCCCUGGGUCCGGUCGAACUCCCAUACUACAUCCGGAACGAAUUCACGCCGACUCUCCACACCGUACUCGCGAGCCAAUGAUGACGCCCAUCUCUCCUUCGUUCAGCGCAUGACGCGCACUGGAACAGACCUCACAAAUAAAGCUCUUAAGAUCUUCUGGAGUCUGACACCGCUGCAGCGCGUCGGCGCAGUUCUCACCAUUAUCGCUCUCGAUGUCCUUGUAAUAUUAUUCUUGGUGUAUUCACACAGCAUAUUCGCCGCAUUGGAAUCUGUCGCCGAAGGGUGGCGCGCCCUACCUGGGGGUUGGAUCCUCGUCUUCCUCCUUACAUGUCUUACCGCCUUCCCGCCUAUGAUCGGGUAUAGCACAUGUGUCACAAUCGCUGGUUUCCUCUACGACUUCCCCGACGGCUGGCCUGUUGCCGCCUCUGCCACCGUAUUGGGUUCUCUGGCAGCCUUCCUCGCUAGUCGCACUGUCCUUGGUGGCUACGUGGAUAGACUCGUUGGGGGCGACACGCGUUUCGUAGCGUUCGGGCAAGUCCUACGGCGAGACGGUCUGCUCGUCCUCGCUGCCAUCCGCUUUUGCCCGCUCCCUUUUAGUUUAAGCAACGGUUUCCUAGCUACAGUACCCAGCAUCACCCCCCUGCGCUUCGCUCUUGCCACCGCUGCCUCCACCCCCAAACUUCUCGUCCAUGUCUUUAUCGGUAGCCGCCUUGCGCGCCUUGCUGAAAGCGGCGAUAAGAUGAGUUUUGGAGACCGCGCUAUUAAUUAUCUAAGCAUGUUCAUCGGUUCCGCCGUCGGCAUAGCAUUGAGUUUAUUCAUAUACCGCCGUACUAUGGCGCGUGCUAAGGAACUCGCGCGCGAGGAGGCGGCUGAGAACGGUAUUCCAGUUGGCGAGGACGGGGAAUUAGAUUACGAUGGUCUUGAGGAGGGCGUAUUGAACGGCAGUAGGUCGCAAAGACACGGGGAGUUAGACGAGGCAGCGCUUAUGGAUGACGAUGAUAUCUCGUUAUGGGAGACGGAUGAUAUUGCAAUGGGCUAUAGGGACGAGGAUAGCGGCGAAGAAGCCGGUGGGUUUGAAAAUGGGCAUUCUACAAAAGGGAGAGUAUAGAUAAAUCUUCGUUGUUUGUGAGUUUAAUAAGGGACCACGUGUACGGUAUGUUCGGCGUUCGAGCGUGGAAGAGGAGCAUAUGUAUAGGUUAGGUCAGCUCGUAUUUGAUUUGCAUUUUGGAAUGGCAUGUGGGCAUAUGUAUAAUCAUGCAGGUAGCAAACUAGACGGAAUAGGACGGGUCGGCGAGGUACUC